AGAUAGGGUAUAGACGCCAACGAAAUCCCUCAGACCACAAAAGUUUACCAAGAGAAAGACAGGAAACGGACGAUAUGACUUCGAAUGAGUGAGCAUCCUACCGAGCCAUGUCAAGAAACGACAGCAUCCCAACUCUGGAGUCGGGAGAAUGUGAGAACAUGUUAGAGGACAGCGCGUCAGUAGCCAAUAAUUCCGAGGGGACUUUGAGUAAUCUCUCUUUACGUUGCUGGCUUCAUCUACUGACAAAGGAAUCUAGUUCAGAACUGCAUGGAGACGGUUCCAGUACUGCUGUGCGCGUCAUGAUUGCGCUGGUUUACUCAGUAGUGUGUGGACUUGGUCUGGUGGGAAACUCUCUAGCAUUGUAUUUGUUGCACUCACGCUACAGACAAAAACAAUCUUCCAUUAAUUGUUUUGUUAUGGCUUUGGCACUUACUGACCUACAAUUUGUUCUCACACUACCCUUUUGGGCUGUAGACACUGUCCUUGACUUCCGCUGGCCAUUUGGAAAGGUGAUGUGUAAAAUCAUCAGUUCUGUCACCACCAUGAACAUGUAUGCCAGUGUUUUCUUCCUGACAGCCAUGAGUGUGGCACGCUUUUACACGGUUAUCUCAUCCCUGAAGAUGCACAGCCGCCGUGCGUCUGCUGUCGCAGCUAAGUGGAUAUGCCUGGGUAUCUGGCUCAUUUCGCUUCUGGCCACUCUGCCCCAUGCAAUCUACUCAACCAGUGCCCAGUUCCCAGGCGAGGAGCUGUGCCUGGUACGCUUCCCCGAGACAGGCAGUUGGGACCCCCAGCUCCUCCUCGGCUUGUACCAGUUGCAGAAGGUACUGCUGGGCUUCGUCAUCCCCCUGGUGGUGAUCACCGUGUGCUAUCUCCUUCUACUGCGCUUCGUGCUGAGCCGCCGCAUCAGCGGCGUAGCGGACAGCGAGCAGGGCUGCCACAAGCGCCGCUCCAAAGUCACCAAGUCCGUUGUCAUCGUCGUGCUCUCGUUCUUCCUCUGCUGGCUGCCCAACCAGGCACUGACCCUGUGGAGCGUGCUCAUCAAGUUUGACCUGGUGCCCUUCAGCAACGCCUUCUACAACACCCAGGCCUACGCCUUCCCACUCACUGUCUGCCUGGCGCACACCAACAGCUGUCUCAACCCCGUGCUCUACUGCCUCGUCCGGCAAGAGUUCCGCGCCGGCCUCAAGGAGCUUCUGCUCCGGGCCAAACCCUCCUUCUGCAGCCUCAGCCACCUGCUGCCACGCAAGGCUAAAGUGGCAGAGGCACCCACUGUGCUGGUCCUGGUGCAAAUGGAUGUCUGACAGUGGAGACUGGAGACAAAUAGGGGUGCAUUGAGGUGCAGCAGGUGUUUGUAGGAUUGGUCCAUAAGAGGCUGCUUUGAAGGAUGUGAAAUUUAGAGUCCCACCGCGCAGUUUCUUGGCUCUCUCAAAAUAUCCUUUCAUGUUUUCUAGUAUGUCUCAUUCAUUCCUGGCUACCUCAUUGCCUCUACUGAUUUUGUAUGCAAAGCCAGUUUUGUAAGCAUUCAUAUGUUAGUCUAAUGAGGGACCUUUGCCAGGUUCAAGACCCUUAACCCCACAGAGGUGUUUCUUGGUUGUAGAUGGAAAAAUUGCUAAUUUCCUAUUUCUUAUGAGAACUCAUUCAAGAGAGACAAUAAAUUAUGGAUUUGUUUCCAAACCUUUUGAAGAUUUGUGUGUAACAAGCUGGAUCAGAAACAACAUCAGGGCAUUUCAUCUGGAGUAUGUCUGUGUUGAUGAAUAAUUAAUUACUGAAUCGAACAUAGCAAGUAAACAGAUUAAUCACCACUGUUUGUCUCUGCUUAUCAACGUUUCCCUGAUGUGAUUACAUGUGCAUCUUUUUAGAUAUACAUUUAUAGUGAUGAAGUGACGUGUAAUCAGUGAAACAGCAUAUAAGGUAGCAGCAGAGCAGACCUUGAAUAGACCUUGUUAAAUAAUAGAAGCAGAACUUGUUUGCCGUUGUUGUAAACCAUUAAUUUUCAAAUGAGUUUGACAGUGAUCAAGUCAUAUGCAAUACAUGAAUCCUUGAAUCUCUCAUUCAUCCACAGCUGUAAAGUGUGCCAGUAGCUUUUUUUCCAAAGAGGAAAAAGCUUUGCCGUGUAUACUGUACAAUAGAAGGGACUGGAGAUGCGCUAACCUAACAGGUGUAAUAAUGUAUGACUGCAGAUGAUAUGACAUUUUACUUUGGGGUGUACAUCUGUAUAUGUGCUAGCAGAAUGCUUUGUUGUCAUAUCUUACUUGGCUUUUUGCAUUGCAAUAUAUUUAAACAACUUAAUUUUCUCUCCUGUGAAAGGCUUGACAAUUAGAUGGGACAAU